CCAAUAGUGAGCAGAAACCAGAAAUAAAUAAAAAACGUUUUUGUUCAAACUUGGAGAUCAAAUAUUAAUUGCAUCCCCUUUUGAUUUCUACCGUUCUCUUCCACCAAACUCGUUUCUGUUUUUAUUAUCUCUAUUUUUUUGGUCGUGAGCAUUAAAAAUCUCAUUAAAAGAAAAAAAAAUCAUUCCUUUGCUUCCUUCUCACUGUUACUUUCUUCUUCUUCCUCUCUCUCUCUCUCUGUCCUUCUUCUUGCGUUUUAAGCCAUUUCUCUCCUUCUGCCACUUCGAUUUUUCUCGCAGCUCUAAAUUCGGAGCUUAAGAUUACCUCCCAUCAAAGUCAUCUUCCUCGUGAUCAUCGAGGAAGCUGAUCUCUUCUAUGGAAUGGAGAUUUUGAUUUUCCUCCUGAGGAUCUGUCUAGUUUCGUCGGUUUUAGUUGCUGUUUCUUCCUCAGGAUUAGAUUUGUUAUCUCCGGUAUCAUCACCACCGUCUCCAUUACCGGAAACUUCAAAUGGGUUUGGUCAAGCACCGAUUGGUUCACCCGAACCUCACAAAUCCGGCAAUGCGCCACCGCCUAAAGCCUCUCGACCGUCUCUUCCUCCUUUAGCUGACGUGGCAGCUCCUCCGCCGUCAGAUUCCGGCGGAGUUAAACCACCGGCCGGCGAGCCAAUUGUCUCUGUUCCUAAUGCUCCAGCUCCAACGACAAUACCCGUGAAGGAUUUGCCCGGAAAAUCGCCUCCGGUUCAACCUAUUACCACACCGAUUGCUUCACCACCUCAAUUCAUUCCAAGAGAUGCACCAAAAGAGCCUCCUUUCUCAGGAAGAGUUACUCCGGGCCCGGUUUCAUCCCCUGUUUCGGAUAUUCCUCCAUUUCCAUCAGCGGCUCUGCCUCCGCCUACACCGACCAUUGUACCUCCUAGAAAUGCCUCUAACAGACACAAGCCUCCUCCUAUCGAAAAGCCUAGUGCUCCUGCUUCAUCUCCACCAACGAUAUCGAUUGACAUUUCACCGCCAGUCCAUCCCGUCAUACCAAAGUUAACACCCUCUAGCUCACCUGUACCAACAAAAAAAUCUCCGAGAAGAAACUCCCCAAUUACCCACCCGGUUUUCCCAAUUGAAUCUCCUGCCGUCUCACCAGACCAUGCUUCGAAUCCAGUAAAACAUCCACCGCCCAGCGAUAAUGGAGUUGAUGACAAAAGUCCGGUUGCUGCACCUUCAAAUGAAGCUGCUAAACCCUUGCCUGUCUUCCCACAUAAAGAUUGUUCAUCAACCGUUUGCUUGGAGCCGUACACAAACACACCUCCUGGAUCUCCAUGUGGCUGUGUCUGGCCUAUUCAGGUUGAGCUCCGGCUUAGCAUGGCGCUUUACGACUUCUUCCCAAUGGUUUCAGAAUUCGCUCGGGAAAUCAGCGCUGGAGUUUUCAUGAAACAGAGCCAAGUCCGUAUCAUGGGAGCUAACGCAGCUAGUGAACAACCCGAGAAAUCUAUUGUUCUUAUCGAUCUAGUCCCACUCGGAGAGAAAUUUGAUAACAUGACAGCAAUGCUUACUUACCAGAGAUUCUGGAGUAAAAAAGUUUACAUAGAUGUACCCAUCUUUGGCCAAUACGACGUGAUUUACGUGCGUUAUCCCGGUUUACCAGCUUCUCCGCCAAUUUCCGGUAUGACCAUUAUAGAUCAAGGACCGUACUCCGGUAAUAAUAACGGUGGGGCGAUAAAACCGCUCGGAGUUGAUGUUCCAAAGAAGUUGCGCAAGAAAGAGCUCAAUGCUGGAAGCAUUGCUGUGAUUGUUUUGUCGGCUGCUGCUUUUGUUGGUUUGUGUUUCGUCAUCGUUUGGUUCUUGGUUUUCCGGCGACGAAGAGAUCACCGGGUUUCUAAAAGAGCCACACUUGCUCGGCCUUCGCUGCCUUCCCUCUCGAAACCAUCAGGUUCUGCGAGAUCUUUAACCGGAAGCAGAUUCAGCUCAACUUCAUUGUCAUUUGAAUCUAGCAUUGCUCCAUUUACUCUCUCUGCGAAGACAUUUACCGCGAGCGAGAUAGCGAAAGCCACGAAUAACUUUGCAGAGUCGAGGGUUCUUGGUGAAGGUGGAUUUGGACGGGUUUAUGAAGGUCUUUUCGAUGAUGGAACUAAAGUAGCAGUUAAAGUAUUGAAGAGAGAUGACCAUCAAGGUAGCCGAGAGUUCAUGGCUGAAGUAGAAAUGCUUAGCCGUCUGCAUCACAGAAACUUGGUGAAUUUGAUCGGUAUCUGUAUCGAAGAUCGUAACCGUUCCUUGGUUUAUGAACUUAUACCAAAUGGCAGCGUUGAUUCGCACCUCCAUGGAAUCGAUAAAGAGUCUUCACCUUUAGAUUGGGAUGCUCGGUUGAAGAUAGCUCUUGGUGCAGCCCGUGGAUUAGCCUAUUUACACGAAGACUCGAGCCCGCGAGUUAUACACAGAGACUUCAAGUCCAGUAAUAUCUUGCUUGAGCACGAUUUCACACCUAAAGUCUCUGACUUUGGACUGGCUCGAAAUGCCCUCGAUGAUGAAGAUAACAGACAUAUAUCGACACGCGUAAUGGGAACUUUCGGGUAUGUGGCGCCAGAAUACGCAAUGACAGGGCAUCUAUUGGUGAAGAGCGAUGUGUACAGCUAUGGAGUUGUGCUUCUCGAGCUACUUACGGGGAGGAAACCGGUGGAUAUGUCUCAGCCACCAGGACAAGAGAAUUUAGUUUCAUGGACUCGGUCUCUUCUCACGAGCAGAGAAGGGCUUGAAGCUAUAAUAGAUCAGUCUCUAGGACAACCCGAGAUUCCAUUCGAUAGCAUAGCUAAAGUCGCAGCAAUAGCUUCGAUGUGCGUGCAACCGGAAGUAUCGCACCGUCCUUUCAUGGGAGAAGUAGUGCCUUUGAAACUGGUCUGCAACGAAUGCGAUGAAGCUAAGGAACUUAACUCUGUAACAUCGAUUACUCAAGACGAUUUGAGAGAUGACACUCGAGCUGAGAGCUCUUGUGGUGGCGACGGCUCGGGGAGGAUGGCUCGGUAUCCGUUGCUUCCGAAUUACGACUCUGAGCCUGACACGGAGAGAGGGCUUUCUGUGUCUGAAAUGUUCACCGGUUCAGGAAGGUUAGAGAGACAGUCUAACUCGGGUCCCUUAGUCUCAGGUCGAGGCAAAGGGUUCUGGCAAAAGAUGAGGAGAUUAUCUACCGGAAGCUUGAGCGAGCACGGGUCAUCAUCGCUCAUGUUACGAUCUGGUUCGCGUUGAAACGGUCUUUUGCUGGUUACAGAACAGUGGAGUUGUUUUAUUGCCCUUUGCAAGUUAGAAAAACGAAAGGAAAGAAAGGUGCCUUGUGCUGCAAGCAACUCUUUACCUCCUUGAAACCGGUUAAGCAGAAUUUGAGAGAUAUCAUUCCCGGUUCAAUAGUUAGUUGAAGAGAUAUUGUAUCUUAGAAGAAACAAAUUCUGGUUUAAAAAAAAUCUAAUUUGAAUGUACAUAUCACGUUUUCAAUGCAAAAGCCAUAAGCACACA